GCUUUCCUCAGGAGAGCGGGACGGACGUGGGUAGCGGCUCAGGUGGGAUCCGCUGAGCUGAGCCCGUUGGUGUAAUAGGAAACGUGGUAGCGGCCGGGCCGGGCUGUGCUGAGCUGCACCGGACAUCAUGGGAGCCCAGCAGGAGAAAAAACCUUCUGAAGAAAGAAAACACAAAAGUCCCCAAAAUAAUACUCAAACAUCUCAAGUCCAGUGGGGAAGAGCAUGGGAGGUGGACUGGUUUUCCUUGGCAAGUGUCCUUUUCCUGCUUAUGUUUGCACCACUUAUUGUUUAUUACUUCAUAAUGUCCUGUGACCAGUACCAAUGCUCCCUGAUGAAUCCACUCAUUGACUUGCUAACGGGGAAUAAACAUCUGUCUGACAUCUGGAACAAGACUCCUAUGCCGACCUACAGGGCUGCUGGCAUCUAUGCCCUUUGGGUCACUUUCCAGGUGGUUUUGUAUAUAUGCCUUCCUGACUUCUGCCAUAAAUUUCUUCCUGGAUAUGUAGGAGGUGUACAAGAAGGUGCUGUCACCCCUGCUGGUAUAGUGAAUAAGUAUGAAAUAAAUGGACUUCAGGCUUGGAUCUUUACCCACGUGCUUUGGUUUGCAAAUGCCUAUUACUUCCACUACUUCUCCCCUACCAUAAUUUUUGACAACUGGAUUCCUCUCAUGUGGUGUGCCAAUAUCCUGGGAUAUGCAGUUUCUACAUUUGCAAUGAUUAAAGGCUUCUUUUUCCCUACCAAUCCAAAAGACUGCAAAUUCACUGGCAACUUCUUUUACGACUACAUGAUGGGGAUUGAAUUUAACCCUCGGAUAGGAAAGUGGUUUGAUUUCAAGCUCUUCUUCAAUGGGCGCCCUGGUAUUGUAGCUUGGACUCUGAUUAACCUUUCCUAUGCUGCUAAACAACAGGAGCUGUAUGGCCAAGUAACUAACUCCAUGAUCCUUGUCAAUGUCCUUCAGGGUAUUUAUGUUUUGGACUUCUUCUGGAAUGAAGCCUGGUAUUUGAAAACCAUUGAUAUCUGCCAUGAUCAUUUUGGAUGGUAUUUGGGCUGGGGAGACUGUGUUUGGUUGCCUUACCUCUAUACUUUGCAGGGCUUGUAUUUGGUUUACCACCCUGUCCAGCUGGGCACAGCCAAUGCUAUAGGGAUCUUGAUACUGGGCUUCAUCGGCUAUUACAUCUUCAGAAUGACCAACCACCAGAAGGACCUUUUCCGUCGUACCAACGGCAACUGCAAGAUAUGGGGGAAGAAACCAGAGUACAUAGAGUGUUCCUACAUGUCUGUAGAAGGCACCAAGUACUACAGCAAACUGAUGACCUCGGGAUUCUGGGGGUGGGCACGUCAUUUUAACUACACAGGUGACCUAAUGGGUUCCCUGGCCUACUGCCUGGCUUGUGGCUUUGAGCACAUCUUGCCUUACUUCUACAUAGUUUAUAUGACUAUUCUGCUAACCCACCGGUGCAUUAGGGAUGAACACCGUUGUCUCAGCAAAUACGGUAAGGACUGGAAGCGCUACACUGCAGCAGUCCCUUACCGGCUCCUACCAGGAGUGUUUUAAAGCUAACACAGAAACCUAGGGAAAUAUAAGAAAGACUUUUUGGAGGUGAAGAGAGUUUAUCGACAUUGUUAAACUAACAAAAACACUUUGUGAAAGACACUCAUACUGUUCUGAAGGAGAAGGGGUAGCUGGACAAUAAUGCUUAUUGUACUGAAGGCACAUACAAAUGGACUGUAUUUAAAGUAAAUGAAAUGAGGUAUUAGAAUGUCCUGGGUUUUGAGAGGACUCUUAUUUGGAACUUUCUUUUUUCCUCCUAUUCAAAAUUAACUUGGAAUUGAAGAAAAGUUCAUGUAUUGAGACUCCUGAAAUAUUCCAAAGCUUGAAGGAACAGCAGAGUUCCUCCUUAAAACAUCUUCCUCUGGCUUAGAAGAGGAGGAAAACAGUUGUGUGAUCCAUAUAGGAAAGAAGUUGUUUGAUAUGGUUGGUUGUGAUGGUCAUAGCUACAGUUAGUAACUCCCCCACAAGAGAUUUUAUUGUCUUUUGCUUUUCAAGAGGUUAACUGGGGCACCUUAUAAACUGGUGUUUUGUGAAGAUACUGAGGAGUGCUGAUUUCGGUUGAGAUAGUUAAUUUUCUUCAUAGUAGCUGGUAUGGGGUGAUGUUUUGUAUUUGUGCUGAAAACAGUGUUGAUAAUUCAGGGAUCUUUCUGUUAUGCUGGGCAGUGCUUGCACAGAGUCAAGGCCUUUUCUGCUCCUCACCCCACCGGUGAACAGGCACAAGGAGCUGGGAGGGGCCACAACCGGGACAACUGACUCUGACUGACCCAAGGGAUGUCCCAUGCUCAUGACAUCAUGCUCAGUAUAUAAAGCUGGGGAAAGAAGGAAGGGGUACAUAUUUGGUAUGAUGGCCUUUGUCUUCCCAAGUAACCAUUAUUCAUGAUGGAUCCCUGCUGUCCUGGAGAUCGCUGAUCACCUGCCUUCCCAUGGGAAGUGAUGAAUGAGUUCCUUGGUUUUCUGGUUUGAGCAUGUGGCUUGUGCUUUACCUAUUAAACUGCCUUUAUCUCAAA